AUGUUACUUGUUGUUAAGGCGUGGCUGAUCCUGUUCUUAUUAUUGUGGUCACGAUUUGCUUCUGGAAGGCCGGCGAGAUGUUCCCUGUCGCGAAAUUUCUUACGAUACUUUCCCGAUGCUCCAGAAGCUCAAAUAGAGUGCAUAGCAUGUCCCAAGUGCCCAGAAGGAACAGGACUCACACCAUUAUGCGGUUCAAAGAUCUCUAACUACACCAACAUCAAAUGUGAACCUUGCAGAGAGAAUGCGACCUUCUCUGACACACAUAGCAUUGAAAGCUGCAGACCCUGUCAUGACUGUGGAUUAAGGAACAUUAUCCAGCAGUGUACCCCUUAUCAAAACCGCAAAUGUGGAAACAGGUGCCCUGAAAGACAUUUUAUGGACGACAAUGGUUUCUGCCAGGAAUGUUAUUUUUGCUGCUCUGAUGUCCGUGAGUCUUCCAGGCUGAAAAGCUGUCAAGACAUUGGAAUGGGCAGGGACUGGCAGUGCCUUGAGUCCCAUGAGAAUAGACUCUGCAAGAAAAUAAGGGAGACUGUGGAAAAUGCUACUUCAACUACUACUGACGUAACCACACCUGCUCCUAGUGCUGAUCUCCGCCCUGCCUCUGAUUCUGACCUGAACUUAACUGGUAUGGUUUCAAGUAAAGGAGACACCAGGGAACCUGUACUCAAAUCCGAAAAAAACAAUUCGCUUCCAGCAACAACAAAGACAGGUACAGACAAGAGGUCGACAAAAGAAGAAGGGGAAACAGUAACAUCUACAUCUAUAGCCUUGAUAGCUAUUGGGGCUGCCACUCUAGUUUUUAUUUUGGGUGCAAUCAUUCACUACUGCUGGAAACGCUCACAUUCAGACGUUACAAAUUCUAACGAGUGUAUACCCCUGAAAGGUAUACAAGGUGCCAAGGAUAGAGAUGGCUCAACAGAAACUGUAGAAGAUGUGCUGGCAGAUGGUGACCAUGAGGAGCCUCUCACUAGUGAGCUUAGACAAGACCAGCCAAAAACUGAUCUGAUUCCAGCAGAUUGCAAAGUUUCCGAAAUGCCACAGCUGCGUAACAAUGACAAUCAAAUACUCUUGCACUAUGUGCAAAGGAUGCUGGAUCCACUGGAGAAACAGACAAAGAAAAAUUGGCGCUCUGUUGGGCAAAUCUUGAAUGUUUCAGAGGAAGACUUGGACUUGAUAGAAAUUGACUACAAAGCAGGAAGAAGUCCUACAGUUAGUCUUAUUGAUAAAUUGAGCACCUUUCCAAUAGUACCCUCAGUGAGAAGCUUUGUAGAAGCUCUCGUUUCUUGCAACAGGUAUGAUGUGGCCACCAAUAUUUGCAACUGGCCAUGGGAGUUACGUACUAUACAAUGAGGGAAAUUAUUUAGCACACUUGAAACAAGAAAUAAGUAACUGGCUGUAACCUGCAGCUGUUGGGUCUACAGAGAGCCCCCCUCCAAAAAAAAAAUUCCCAUUAACCUCUGCACAAAACAGGGCACAUAGAACAUGGAACUAACUAUAGACUGAAGGCUUCUAGAAUCUUAAUAUGUUGUAAGCCAGGGAAAAUGAAGGGACAAUUUUUCUUAUACGGUAUGCUGAAAGCCACUUUAAAAACACAAAGUUAAGUUGCAGGCAACUUUAAAAAAUUAUUACCUUCCCAGUUUCUUAUUCAAAGAGUCAUAUUCAGACUUGCAAAUGGCAAUGCCAUGUUUUACACAGCUAACUUUGCCCUGCAUUAUAUUAUGCUGGCUUUCUCUUAAUCUUUUAAUGACAUUCUUGACAUUAAUCCUCUCCUAUCAGCAUCUUCUGUAGACCUGUUUUUAAGUUAAUAAUAAUAAUAAUAAUAAUAAUAAUAAUAAUAA